AUGGAAGAAAUAUUAAAUAGAAUAUCCAAUCAAUCUGAUUCAAUUUUAAGCUUAAAGAGAAAUCCAGGACAUUCGAGUUAUCCUGUUAAAGCUGCGUUAGGGGAUAUUGAUAUUUUAGAUUAUUUGAGGGAUGGUGAGGAAAGUGAGGUGAGGUUAUUUGGUGGUGGUGAUGAUGAUAAGGCGAAUGAUAAGAAUCUACUCACUUUAAAUCCAACCAAUCAUAAUAAACUAGACAAUGAAAUGGAUAUUGAUAUAAAUACUCUAUUAGACGCUGCUAUAAAGAUAAUAAAUGAUUAUAAGCAACUUCCACGUACUAUUAAUCAUAUAAAUAAUCUAAAAGUGCUUGUUGAGGAGACAAACACGGGGAUUAACAAAUAUCAGCGUGUUAUUCAAUCACCUUUGGAUAGUAAUUUGGAUACAGAUGAGUUUAAAUCUGAUAUUGAAACUCCAAAUGAUUCUAACACCGAAGAACUAAUCAAAGUUCAAUCAACUCACGUUAGAAACCUUGAAUCUCACCUAUCUGCUAUCAAAGAUCGUAAAGAUUUCUUACAAUCAUCUUUGAACGAAAAGAAGUCUCAAUUUCAUUCACAUUCACAUAACAAACAACCUCUAACUCCAAUCCAACUUCCUUUACGUCAAUUGAAAGAUAUUCAACGUCGUAAUAAUACUCCACGUAAACCAAAACUUGCAACUGUUCGUAGAGAGCAAGACUUAUUCAAAUCCAUACCAAAAGAUGAUGAUUCUUUCAAUUUGGGUGGUGAGGAGACACUCAACACUUCAACUCUCCUUGGUAAUACACCGCAAAUGAAUUUAGUUCCAUCAACUCCAAUCCCUGAUGGUGCAGCAGCUGCAAAUGAUGAUAUACUCUCUCAAAUGGAUACUCCAAUCGAGACAAAGAAUGUACCAACUAUAACAAAUCGCUCUACCAUACCAACUACAACAAAGCACUCUACCACACCUACAGACACACCUGCAGACACAACUAAACACGAAAAAUCAAAUACACAAACUCCAACACACACUCCCAAACACAAAUCACAAACAUCCACACCCGCACCACCACCCACCCAACAAACUCAACACAUUGAACUCACACCAGAGGUAGAAGCUGCGAUAAAUUUGAUUUGGGAUGGUUUUGGCGAAGCGAUAAGAACACCAUCCACCAAUGGAGGCAAACCGGAUCUCGCGCAGAUGCUACAUAUGCUCCAGGUGACAGUGGAUAGUGUUCCAGCUGCGCAUGUGGACGGCAGCAACCCCAGUAAUUCACCCACACACUCCCUCCUCAGCAUCACAUCCUCACUCACCAAGGAAACUAACAGUUUGAGUCCGCAGACGGCAGCAAGUGCAGCACUGCUACUCAAGCUUCUCAUCACACCUGCAAAUCGACUACCUAUGCAGGAUGCUAAAGACCACCUCGCUCAUCUCGUCAAUCAGAGAGGAUGGCCUGCUGAGCUCACCACCAAGUCCAUCUACGCCCUUGUCGGUAAACGCCUCCUCCAACUUGACAGGAAAGGUGCUUCUGCGACGCUGCGAUUUAGGAUUUGA